CGGGUUACCAGGAGGCGGAGCCGCCGAGGUGGCUGUGGCCCGGAUGUCCGGGCGCUGCGGCUGGAUCUGCUGAUCCUGGAUCUUCUCCAGGGGAACUUAAGAACGGCCAAUGGCUGUCGAUAUUCAACCAGCAUGCCUUGGACUUUACUGUGGGAAGACCCUACUAUUUAAAAAUGGCUCAACUGAAAUAUAUGGAGAAUGUGGGGUGUGCCCAAGAGGGCAGAGAACAAAUGCACAGAAGUAUUGUCAGCCUUGCACAGAGUCUCCAGAACUUUAUGAUUGGCUCUAUCUUGGAUUUAUGGCUAUGCUUCCUCUUGUUUUACAUUGGUUCUUCAUUGAGUGGUACUCAGGGAAAAAGAGUUCCAGUGCACUUUUCCAACACAUCACUGCAUUAUUUGAAUGCAGUAUGGCAGCUAUCAUCACCUUACUUGUGAGUGAUCCAGUUGGUGUUCUUUAUAUCCGUUCAUGUCGAGUAUUGAUGCUUUCUGAUUGGUACACAAUGCUUUACAACCCAAGUCCAGACUAUGUUACCACAGUGCACUGUACUCACGAAGCUGUCUACCCACUGUACACCAUUGUAUUUAUCUAUUACGCGUUCUGCUUGGUAUUAAUGAUGCUGCUCCGGCCACUCCUGGUAAAGAAGAUUGCCUGUGGGCUGGGGAAGUCCGAUCGAUUUAAAAGUAUUUAUGCUGCACUUUACUUCUUUCCAAUUUUAACUGUGCUUCAGGCAGUUGGCGGAGGCCUUUUAUAUUAUGCCUUCCCAUACAUUAUAUUAGUAUUAUCUUUGGUUACUCUGGCUGUGUACAUGUCAGCUUCUGAAAUUGAGAAUUGCUAUGAUCUCCUGGUCAGGAAGAAAAGACUCAUUGUCCUCUUCAGCCACUGGUUACUUCAUGCCUAUGGAAUAAUCUCCAUUUCCAGAGUGGAUAAACUAGAGCAAGAUUUACCCCUCUUGGCUUUGGUACCCACACCAGCCCUUUUUUAUUUGUUCACUGCAAAAUUUACUGAACCUUCACGAAUACUCUCAGAAGGAGCCAAUGGACACUAAAAUGCCACACAAAAAAAACCAAAAACCAAAAAACAAAAACCUAAACCUAAGAAGUAUUCCUUUUUUUUUUUUUUGAAGUAUUCUUAAUAAAAAAGUAAAGAAAUAAAAAAUAGUUUUAGUACUUUUCUGUCACACAUGGAAAUAACAUUGUCAAUAUAUGUUAAUGUUUUUGUUGACUUUGUUUUUGUUUUUUGACCUAAGAGACUUGAUGAUUAGACUUGGAAAAGACAAAAUACUAUAAUACUCUGUUACACAGUAUAAUAUACUAUACACUUAGAGCACACUAUUAUAUGACACUAUUCGGUCUAUUAGGAAGCACUUGCCUCUUGCAACAGUUUAGUUAUUCUUUAGAGCAAAAUCAUGUUUCUGUGUACUUAGCAAUGUGUUGUUUUACUUUUUGUUAAAAUCUUUAACAAGUAUAAUCUGAAAUCCUUAGCAUUGGUACAGUUAUGCAUGCCUGUUAUUUUUCAAUUUGUUUUUCAAGUCAAAUGAAUUACUUAUGGGGGUCUUUUAGCAAACAUGGAAAUAAAGUAUGUUGUUUUUUGUUAUCUAUUUAUUUUCACCAAUACAGUAUUUUAAUCUAUUACAAAAAUAGAGCAUAAUUUAUAUAACAGAUUUUUUCUUUACAGGUAGUUUGGUUUACGAUAUCUUCAGAUUAUUCCUGUAAAGAAAAACAAUAGUUAAAAGCUUAACUUCAAAAAGUCUCAAAUGUUCUGACAUUUGUAUUUUGCCAUACUAGUUGUGGAAAUUCAAAAUAGUAAAUAGUAAGAUUAGUGUCUUUUUCUCAAAUGAAUAAAUGCAUGUACUCACAUGUUCCCUUUCUCUUACAUCUCAUUCUUUAAGGAUAGAUACACACGCCACAUUUUUUUGAUUCUGGGACACAUUUUUUUUCACAUUCUGACAUCUCUGAAUUAGGCUGCAUCUUAUUAUUGAUGGCUUCUUAGAUUUAACAAAAUACAAAUAUACACAGCAUAUAAACAGUUUUCCUGUGGUUGGUUGGUGUUAAGUGUUGCUGCUUGUCAAUUUUUAUUCUCUGAAGACAUCAAGAGACUUAUGGUUGCAACCAUGGAAGCAAAAUAAGACUUUUAGCACUUAACCUGAUAAUCUGACCAUGUUUAUCCAUUUAUGUUGUUUAGAAUUGCUUCUGCUAUUGGUGGGGGUUGUAUGAGUUUAUUAAAUCUCAAACUUUAAGACUUCAUUGACAAUUGCAAAUUAUGAAAGUGUACUCACUUUUUCUGUAGUUUUGUUUAUGCCUUUUGAAUUCACAGCAGUUGUAUCCUUGAAGUUAUUUUGUUAGUUUUUCUUUGUUACUGUAUUUUUUAUAGUACCUCCAACCACUGGGAAAUGGGCUUUUUUGAUACGUUUGUGUUUGUUCAUUUCUGUAGGAAUAAAAAUAAAAUGUAAAAGUUGUAUAUGUAUUUCACACAGCUUUGAAUGGUUAUUAGUGUCUAUUAAAGUUCUAAGUUGUCCAAAGAAUCCUCAGCUGGAAAGGGAAGUCUAGGGGGUCAUGUAACCGAUUACCAGGACUUUUCUUGUCCCACUAUAUUUAGAGCCAUUUUAACAGUUAUCUUCUCCUCUGAUGUCCUAUUUUAGCAGAAAAAUGUUAAUGCAAAAGAAGAAAUCGUACAAAUAUGAUUACAAGUCCUUAAAUGCAAAGAAUUUCAAGAAUACUUAAUACAUAUCUGCAUUUUUUGCUUUCUUAAGAACAAGACUAGAACAAUUCAUAGCAAUUGUGAUUGCUAAUGUUACUAAAUAAUUUGUUAAAACGUGGUUAUUAAAAAUGUACAAAAACUA